CAUUAAAACACAGCUAUAUUCAUUCGAAUGAUAACAUGAAAAAAUGUGAUGCGAGGACAACAGAUUUUCCAAUAGCUCACUACUUCUGCUCAAUUGCAACCUACUGGCGAAGAGCUUUGGCCAUAGAUAUGAAAAGGUAGAUAGCGCGUUUGUGAUUGGAUAUGUGCCUGCGCGGUCGCCAUGUUAGGGCGGUCAGCACUUGAAUCAUUCAUAGCGGACCGCGUGGAAAAAAUGCCGCAAGCGUGUGCAGCGUUCAGGUGUAGAAACAGACGAAGCCUUGAAAACAGGCAUCGCGGGAUAACUUUUCACAAGUUUCCCAAAGAUCCUGGAUUAAGGAAAGCUUGGGCGAUAGCUGUCCGACGGAAAGACUUUAAGCCCAAUGAUACCACAGUUCUCUGUAGCUGUCAUUUCAAGGCAGAUGAUUUUGACAGAACUGGGCAAAUUGUACGUCUGAGGGAAAGUGUGAUCCCUUCGGUUUUUGCUUCCUUUCCAGACCAUCUCAACAAGAAUGACUACAGCGGAGACAGAAUUGAUGAGGAACAGACGUGGGAGAAUGAGGCUUGUGAAGGUUUUGAGGAUGACGCUGAGAAUAACCUCACAAAAACUGAAGAGGAGAUAGACCCAAAAGACAGUAUUCCCAAAACGAAAGGCAACAGACCACCACCCUCCCCGCAGACAAAGUACAGGUGUGAUGUAUCACUGGGGCGGCUCACCAAGCGCUUCAUGGACCUCCUGUACAUGGCUCCAGAGGGUGUGCUGGACCUCAACGAGGCGGCCCGGCUGCUCGGAGCACGUAAGAGGCGGGUGUACGACGUCACCAACGUGCUGAGUGGCAUCCAGCUCAUCAAGAAACGGACCACCAACCAGAUCCAAUGGGUUGGUUCCAUUCCUACCAGUGAGCUGCCCAGCCAGUGGCUUUUGAAGCUGAGGGAGGAGCUGCUGAACCUGACAGCUGUGGAGGAAGCCCUGGACGAGCUCAUAAAAGACUGCGCUCACCAGCUCUUCUCCCUGACAGACCAGAAGGACGUCACUGACUCAGCCUAUGUGACACAUGAGGACAUCUGCAGGAUCAAGGCCUUCCAGGACCAGGUGAUCAUUGCGAUCAGAGCUCCUGAGGAAACCAAGCUGGAGGUCCCUGCUCCCAGGGAGGAUAGCAUACAGAUCCGCUUGAAAAGCUCAAAAGGCCCAGUCAAGGUGCUGCUGUGUGAGACAGAUGGGAUCGACGGGAGCCAGGGGGCAGUGGGGACCGAGUCGGGCCACUUCAUGUCUCUGGAAAACGGCAGGAUUCACGUGACAGCCCUCCAAACAGACUCCACCCAUUGAUCUGUGCAUGGCACCAAAGGGAGCUUCUCUUCUGCUGUAGGAAUCUCCGAACCCUACAGAUACCAAGUAACACUAAACAGCCUAUUUCAAUCUGGACUUCUCUUUGUCAAGGAACCCUCAUUCUUGGAGAAGUGGAUUACUGUUCUUUUGGAAAUUGAAAGACAACAAAUCAAUGGACCAGACCCCAUGGUUUACAUACUUGAGAUUUUAAGAAUGGUCAGAUGAUUGUACAAAGAUUUAUUUUUAUAUUUAUAAAUAUAUAUAUAUAUUCACAUAUAUAAAUGCGAAAAAUAAAACAUUGUGGUUUGCUUUACUGCAUUGCCGAAUGCCUUCGGUUUCCUUGUUCAAGUUGCCUGAUGGAAACUGGCAGCUGGAAUAUUUCGCAGAUCAAGGUGGUGGCCUGUCUGUUCCCUCCAGUUCAGUGUAGUUUAUCUGAUCAGGUACAGCCGUAAUCGUACAUAUGCAAGUUACCUCUCCACUUGCUGUAAGUAGUUGUGGAUUUGUAUCGAAACAACAAGUGAAAAAUCAUUUGAAACCACUAGUAUAAUUUACUGCAAAUUCUUAAUUCUGCUUUAUUUAUUUUAAUGUAACCCUAAAGGGCUGCUUGUUAGUUCUAAAUUUACCAUCGAAAUUUUAUGCCAAGGCCAGUGGGACCUAUAAAUGUUGAAUGAGCCAAUGUUGUUGUUUGUGUUUUGAAUGGAGUCUAAUGGUUUGCAUCAAGGGUAUGUGUCAUUGGUCUGGUGCACCGUGUGAAUUGGUUGAAUCCCAUAUUUACCAUGCCUGUAUAGCUCACCCUUACUUUAUCACCCACGCCAUUUAACAUUAAUAACUGUGAAUUUACAAUGUGAUUUGAUGCCCCUAUUUUGUUAUUCCCACUGUCAUUCAGGCCACCUGAUUUCCUUCUGUAAUGCUUUAUAAUAUGAGCUUCGGUGCUUUGUUUUUUCCCCACGCUUUAACAAAAAGUUUGACUUGUCUGCCAUGGCUGAUUGGGAGGCUGGAUUUUUUUGUUCCCAAAACACUGAAUAAAACUUAGAACCACAGACAAAA